AUGCUGUCCCAACGAUUUGCGCGGGCCUCGACGGUCCGCGGCGCCGUCCAGGCCGCCCGACGAACCCCGAUUGUCCAGCAACGUACCUUUUUCCCUCCUCAGUACAACGACCGAAAGGUUCUCGAGGAGAAGUACCCCGAGUACCCGACUCUGUCUGAUGCGGAGGACCCCAACAUGAACGGCGGAUACAUCAACCCUCCCUUCAUCAAGAGACAGUUCCGCGACCCCCACGGCGACUGGUGGGACAAGCAGGAGCGCCGCAACUUUGGCGAACCCGUUCACGAGGACCACGACUUGCUCGGCAUGUUCUCUCCCUUCGAGUACACCUGGACCACCACCGGCAAGGGCCUGGCCCAGAUUGGUGCCUUCAUCGUUGUUUUCCUCGGUGUCUGCAGUGUCGUCAAGGCCAGCUACCCCGACAAGGCUUCAUACCCGAGAGAAUUCCCCGACGGACUCGAGAGGGAGCUGGGAGGUGCUAGCGCUCUGCGGGCGAGAAAGGCUGGUGACGCUGACCCAUGA